CUAACUGAAGCUAAACGACUCAACUGUAGACGUUUUACUUGACCCUUCAACAGUUGACUUGGAAUGAUCAGCUGGCUUUUCAAGUAUUGGUAUAUUUUUCCAGUACCAUACAUCAUCUUGGUUGUCUGCAAAAUUUUUGUGCAUCCAUGGAUACCAAAAGUAACCCAAAAUUCGGGUUCAACAUUCUUUUAUUAUGCCUAUUUCUCAAGUCCCAUAUAUCCCUUGCAGCUGACACCAUAAGUGCAGACGAAUCUCUCUCGGGUGAUCAAACCAUUGUCUCAGCGGAUGGGGUUUUUGAGCUGGGUUUCUUCAAACCAGGUAUUUUUUCAUACAACUACGUAGGCAUAUGGUACUCUGAGCAAGUAGUAUCUGAGAGGACCAUAGUUUGGGUGGCAAAUAGGGAAAUACCAGUCGCUGAUAGAUUUUCUUCAGUCUUGAGGAUCUCAGAUGGUAAUCUAAUUCUCUUCAGUGAAUCCAAAACUCCAGUUUGGUCCACAAAUUUAGCCUCCACCACCACCUCAGGUUCUGUACAAGCAGUUCUAUUAGAUAGUGGAAACCUUGUCUUAAGGGCUGAUGGGUCAAGUACUAAUACAUCAGAGCCUUUGUGGCAAAGCUUUGAUCAUCCAGCUCAUACAUUGCUACCAGGAGGUAAACUUGGAUUCAACAUUGUCACUAAUCGAACCCAAAUUCUCACAUCAUGGAAGAGUUCAGAGGAUCCUGCACCAGGUCUUUUCAGUCUUCAGCUUGACCCCAAUGGAAGUAAUGCAUAUCUCAUAUUUUGGAAUAGGUCUAGACAGUAUUGGAGCAGUGGAGCAUGGGAUGCAAAGUCACGUAUUUUCAGCUGGGUUCCUGAGAUGAGGCGUAACAAUAUGUACAAUUACAGCUAUGUUACAAACAAAAACGAAAGUUAUUACACCUAUUCUCUAAAUAAUCCCAAGACAAUAUCUCGACUCGUGAUGCAUACCUCAGGGCAGAUUCGGCAAUUCACAUGGUCGGAGAAUUCCAGAGAGUGGAAUUUGUUUGGGAGCCAACCAAAAAGGCAAUGUGAAGUUUAUGAUUUUUGCGGGGCAUCCGGCAGUUGCAACGAGUUAAGCACGGUCUCCUGUAAUUGUUUGACAGGUUUUGAGCCGAAGUCAGAGAUUGAGUGGAAUUUGCGGGCUUAUUCUAGUGGGUGUUCAAGAAUAACCAACCUGCAGUACUGUGGGACUGCUGUUAGUACUAGUGCUAAAUAUAGGGCGCCAGACGUGUUUCAAGAAAUCCGUAUCAUGUCAUUGCCAGAAAAUAAUCAGUCUGUGGUGAUUGGAAAUAUUUCUGAAUGUGGUUCAAUCUGCUUAAACAGCUGCUCUUGCACUGCUUAUGCUUAUGAUAGCAGCACUGGAUGCUCAAUUUUCACUGGAGAUCUCUUAAAUUUGCAGCAACUGGGAACAGGUGAAAGGAGUGGAACAACUUUAUACAUCAGACUUGGAUCUGCUCUUCCACUGCUUAAAAGUGUUAAUGCUAAUAAACGAUCCCUUGUGAUUGCAUUAGUCUCAGAAACAGCAGGAUUGCUUACAAUAACUUUUGGGUAUUUCUUAUGGAAGAAAACAUGGGGAAAGGAAAGGGCGCGUAGGAGGAAGAAUGGUGAGACUAAAACAUUGGAAAAGGAAAGGAAGCAUAGGAAGAAAUAUGAUGAAAUUUUAAGUAAUGUUGGUGAUGGAGAUGGAAAGAAUGAUACAGAGCUACCACUCUUCAGUUUAAGGAGUAUAUUAGCUGCUACUAACAACUUCUCUGAAGCUAAUAAGGUGGGAGAAGGAGGGUUUGGCCCUGUUUAUAAGGGGAUUUUGCCUGGAAAUCAAGAAGUGGCCAUAAAAAGGCUGUCGAAGAAGUCAGGGCAAGGACAUCAGGAGUUCAUGAAUGAGUUAAAGCUUAUAGCCAAACUCCAACACACCAAUCUUGUUAGGCUCUUUGGUUACUGUAUUGAAGAGGAGGAACUGAUUUUGAUCUACGAGUUCAUGGCCAAUCGAAGUCUGGACAAGUUUUUGUUUGAUCCAUCUGAAAAAUUAGAGCUAGAUUGGGGAAAACGUUUUCGAAUUAUAGAAGGUAUUGCUCAAGGAAUACUUUAUAUCCACAAGUAUUCCAGAUUGAAAAUCAUUCACAGGGACCUGAAAGCAAGUAAUGUUCUGUUGGAUGGAGCAAUGAACCCCAAAAUUUCAGACUUUGGAAUGGCAAAGAUUUUUGAGAUAAAUCAAACUGAAGCAAAUACUAACAGAGUUGUUGGCACAUACGGCUACAUGUCACCUGAGUAUGCAAGAUAUGGCCAUUUCUCUGAGAAACUGGAUGUGUUUAGUUUUGGAGUGUUGCUGCUGGAGAUUGUUAGUGGAAAGAAGAAUGCUGCUUUUCAUCGCUUUGAACAUUCACUAACUCUUGCUGGAUGGGCAUGGGAAUUAUGGAGAGAAGGUAGAGGAAUGGAGGUUAUCGAUGCAUCAGUGAGGGAAACAUGCCGGCAUGAUGAAGCUUUGAAGUGUAUACAGGUAGGAUUUUUGUGUGUUCAAGAAGAUCCAGCUGAUCGGCCAACAAUGUCUUCUGUAAUUCUUAUGCUGGCCAAUGAAGCUACAUCUCUUCCACCCUCCAAAGAACCUGCUUUUUCAACACAUAGGAAUUCCGUUGCUGUUAGUUCUUCUCCUCAAACAACUCCCAUUAUUUCCAAUAAUGCAGUAACCAUUAGUUUGCCAGAAGGUCGAUAGAAGCUCAAAAAUGUUACCUUUCCUAUACACAUUUAUUGUUGGAUAUAUAAACGAAAAAUGAAAACACUGUGACAAGAGUACUCACAAUCAAGUGUGCAAGACUUUGGCAAUGUCCAAGACUCUUUUUUAUUAUUUAAGUAAACGAAAGUGCUUCACAACU